AUGCGGCAUUCCUUCACUUUAGUCGGAAUUCUCACUGCUGCUUUCGCAGCAGGCGAAGGGUUUACACCCAAACACGAAGCUGGAAGAUGUUCGAUAAGGGGCAGCUGUGGGAAGGAUAGUUGGUUUGGUCCUGAACUCCCUUGUCCGGAUAACGGGCUUGCAAAAGAACCGGAUCAUGAGGCGAGGAAACAACUGGUCGAGCUAUGCGGUCCGAAAUGGAGUACGGGACCUGUUUGUUGUGAGGGGAGUCAGAUAGAUGCUCUUGCAGAUCAGAUCAAGAAGGCGAAUCCAAUCAUAUCCUCUUGUCCGGCAUGCAAAGAGAACUUUUACAACACUUUUUGUACAUUUACAUGCUCACCAGAUCAAUCUCUUUUCCUGAAUGUAACGGAGACAAAGCAGAAGGGUGAUAAAUACAUCGUCACGGAGCUAGAUCAACUCAUCUCUGAUGAGUAUGGGUCGGGGUUCUUUGAUAGCUGCAAAGAUGUUAAGUUUGGACCAACAAAUUCCAAUGCCAUGGAAUUUAUUGGAGGAGGGGCAAAGAAUUACUCCUCAUUCUUAGCUUUCCUGGGACACAAAUCUUUACUAGGCUCGCCAUUCCAGAUCAACUUUCCAGACCCUAGCAAAUAUCCGGAGAAGGGGAUGGAUCCAUUACCUAUGGUACCCAAGAAGUGUAACGAUGAAGAUCCGAACUUUCGAUGCUCUUGUGUGGAUUGUCCUGCCGUCUGCCCGGCUUUACCAGAAGUUUCAGAGUCUGGGUCAUGCCAUGUUGGAUUGCUGCCAUGUCUUUCCUUCGCAGCUAUCUUCACAUACAGCAUGGUACUACUAUUGAUUGCUGUUGCUGUAUUUGGUCACAUAGCUUGGGCUAAGCAUACCAAAAGACGUAAUGAACGAUUACGACUUUUGGAAGAUGUCGCCCCAAGUGAUGAUGAUGAUGAAGGCGACAUGAUCCACAACAGAGCCAUGUAUGACCGACCACAAAGAACUUAUUGGAUCAAUACAGUUUGUGACACUGCAUUCAGUCGUCUGGGCUUCACAGCUGCGAGAUUUCCAGCUAUCACUAUUGUAACAAGCAUAAUCAUAGUUGGAAUCUUGAGUUUAGGUUGGACAAAAUUUGAGAUUGAACAGAACCCUGCACGAUUAUGGGUCAGCCCAUCAUCUUCUGCUGCUCAAGAGAAAGCUUAUUUCGAUUCGAAUUUUGGACCCUUUUACCGUGCCGAGCAAGUGUUCUUGGUCAACGAUACUAACUCAUCAGGUCCUGGUCCUGUCAUGAGUUACGAUACGUUGAAAUGGUGGCUUCAAGCUGAAGAUCGAAUUAGAGGGUUGACCGGAAAACAAACCGGUACCAAAUUCAGCGACGUGUGUCUCAAGCCCACUGGUGAUGCUUGCGUCGUUCAAUCUGUAGGAGGUUACUUGAACGACGAUAUUUCCAGUGUUGGCCCGGAUACAUGGGAGCAAACUAUUCGAUCAUGUGCCGAAUCACCCGUGAAUUGCCGUCCUGCUUUUGGUCAACCGCUAGAUCCUAAAAUGAUAUUUGGUGGUUGGCAAGAAUCUGGUGAUGUUAUUGAUGCUACUGCCCUAAUUAUCACCUGGGUAGUAAACAAUGAUGAUGAGGGGUCAUCUCAAGUCGAACAUGCUAUGGACUGGGAGGCUUCCCUUCGAGAUGAGUUGUUACGUUUGCAGGUUCAAGCAAGCGAACGUGGUUUAAGGCUUUCUUUCUCAACUGAGAUCAGUCUUGAGCAAGAGCUUAAUAAAUCUACCAACACUGAUGCAAAGAUUGUCGUCAUUAGUUACAUCAUCAUGUUCUUCUACGCAUCUUUAGCUCUCGGCUCGACAACCAUCUCAUUCCGAACAUUAAUGCACAACCCCGCCAGCUCUUUGGUCCAAUCUAAAUUUUCACUGGGAGUGGUGGGUAUUUUGAUUGUGCUGAUGUCUAUCUCAGCCUCAAUUGGUCUUUUCUCCUUUGCAGGCGUUAAGGUUACGCUUAUCAUCGCCGAGGUCAUCCCGUUCAUCGUUCUUGCAGUUGGUGUCGACAAUAUCUUUUUGAUUGUUCACGAAUUUGAAAGAAUUAAUACUAGCCAUCCUGAUGAAGUGGUUGAGCACCGUAUUGCUAAAGCACUUGGAAGAAUGGGUCCAUCAAUUCUUCUAUCAGCAUCUACUGAGACUAUUGCAUUUGCCCUUGGUGCCUUUGUUGGUAUGCCAGCAGUUCGAAACUUUGCAAUUUAUGCCGCAGGCGCAGUAUUCAUCAAUGCUGUUCUACAAAUAACCAUGUUUGUUUCUAUUCUCAGUCUCAAUCAACGACGCGUUGAAGAUCGUCGUGUAGAUUGCAUUCCUUGCAUUCAGAUCAAAACUGCGGGUGUUCACCUUGGAAAUGGCAAUGGAAAUUCUUACUCUAGAUUUUACGAAGGUUCUGAUGAAGGCUUCCUUCAAAAGUUCAUUCGCAAGACAUAUGCUCCAACUUUACUUGGCCGUAAAGUAAAGACCGCUGUCGUCGUUGUCUUCCUUGGAAUAUUCGCCGCUGCGGUUGCAUUAAUGCCUGAAGUCGCUUUAGGUUUGGAUCAACGUGUGGCAAUUCCAGACGGAUCAUAUCUCAUUCCAUACUUCAAUGACUUGUACGAUUACUUUGAUUCAGGACCACCAGUAUAUUUCGUUACCCGGGAAUUGAAUGUUACCGAACGUAGCCAUCAACAACAGCUAUGCUCUCGAUUCACAACAUGCGAAACAGAAUCCCUUACCAAUAUUUUGGAGUCGGAAAGAAAGAGGCCAGAAGUUUCCUACAUCGCAGCUACUCCUGCUAGCUGGAUCGAUGACUAUUUCCGUUGGCUCGAUCCUUCAUUAGACUCAUGUUGUGUUAAGGGUCGUUCAGCUUGCUUUGAACAUCGUGAUCCGGCAUGGAAUAUCACUUUACAUGGUAUGCCCGAAGGUCAAGAAUUCAUUCAUUACCUAGAGAAAUGGAUUGCUUCUCCUACAGAUGACGACUGCCCUCUUGGUGGUCAAGCUGCAUAUGGAAACGCCUUGGUUAUUGAUGCAGAAAGAAAUACUAUUCCAGCAAGUCAUUUCCGCACGAGUCACACACCACUCCACAGCCAAGAAGAUUUCAUUGCCGCCUAUGUCUCUGCUCGUCGUAUCGCAGAUGGUAUGAGUGAAAAGUCUGGUCUAGAAGUUUUCCCCUACAGUAUCUACUACAUAUUCUUCGAUCAAUACACCACAAUCAUUAGUCUCACAGCAACUCUUCUCUGUUCCGCUUUGGUACUCAUUCUAUUCAUCUCUUCGAUUCUUCUCGGGUCCCUCAAAACAGGCGCUGUAGUCACCGUAACAGUCAUAAUGAUAGUCACCGAUAUCAUCGGCACAAUGGCUGUCUUCAACGUCUCUCUCAACGCAGUCAGUCUCGUAAACCUCAUCAUCUGCGUCGGCAUCGGCGUGGAAUUCUGCGCCCACAUCGCUCGCGCAUUCAUGUUCCCCUCGCGCUCCGUCAUGGAAAAAGCGAAAAAUAAGUUCCGCAACAAGGAUGCGCGCGCAUGGACCGCUCUUGUCAAUGUAGGCGGCUCAGUCUUCAGCGGUAUCACGAUUACGAAAUUGGUAGGCGUCACGGUGUUGGCGUUUACGAGGAGUAAAAUCUUCGAGAUUUAUUAUUUUAGAAUUUGGCUUGCGUUGGUCAUUUUUGCGGCGUUGCAUGCGUUGGUUUUCUUACCUGUGGCUCUUAGUUUGGCGGGCGGAGAGGGCUAUAGAGAUAGUGGGGAUGAGGGGGGGUUGGAGGAGGAUUUGGCGGAGAGGAGAUAUAGAGCGCUUUUGCCGGAUGAUGAGAGUGAUGAUGAGUAUUAG